AUUAACCUGUUCUGUAGUCUCUACCGAUCGACUCUUCUUCUUCCUCCUACGAUUCUCUAAUUAUUUAGUUGCAUGGGGAAUGGGGACGUGGCGUUGUCGGAGUUCGCUCGACGGGUACCGGUACCGCCGGCGCGGCCUUUCCUGGACACCUUCAGGGCCAACCUGAAAGAGACCUUCUUUCCCGACGACCCGCUCCGGCAGUUCCGCGACCAGACGGUUCCCCGCAAGUUCAUGCUCGGACUCAAGUACUUCCUCCCCAUCUUCGAUUGGGCCCCCACCUACUCCGUCUCCCUCUUCAAGUCCGACCUCAUCGCCGGCAUCACCAUUGCCAGCCUCGCCAUCCCCCAGGGCAUCAGCUACGCUAAGCUCGCCAACCUCCCUCCCAUCCUCGGCCUCUAUUCGAGCUUUGUGCCGCCGCUGGUGUACGCGAUGAUGGGCAGCUCCCGCGACUUGGCCGUGGGCACGGUGGCCGUGGCCUCGCUCUUAAUCAGCUCCAUGCUGGGGAAGGAGAUCUCGCCGGUGCAGGACCCUGCAUUGUACUUGCAUGCAGCUUUCACCGCCACCUUCUUCGCCGGUCUCUUCCAAGCUUCCCUCGGCUUGCUGCGGCUGGGUUUCAUAGUGGACUUCUUGUCCCAUGCAACCAUAGUGGGGUUCAUGGGAGGAGCUGCUACUGUAGUGUGCCUUCAGCAGCUGAAGGGGAUGCUCGGUCUUCAGCACUUCACCACAGCAACUGACCUCGUAUCUGUUUUGCAGUCAGUCUUCUCUCAAGUUCAUCAGUGGAGGUGGGAAAGUGCUGUGCUGGGGUGUUGCUUCCUCUUCUUUCUUCUCGUCACUCGUUUCUUUAGCAAAAGAAGGCCAAAGUUCUUCUGGGUGUCAGCGGCUGCCCCCUUGACCUCUGUAAUACUCGGAAGCCUUCUGGUGUACCUCACUCAUGCAGAGAACCAUGGAGUUCAAGUGAUUGGGCACCUAAAAAAGGGUCUAAACCCUCCAUCAGCAACCAGCUUGACAUUCAUGCCGCCCUAUAUCAUGGUUGCGCUUAAGACCGGCAUCGUCACCGGCAUCAUCGCCCUCGCCGAAGGUAUUGCAGUCGGAAGGAGCUUUGCCAUGUUCAAGAAUUACCACAUCGAUGGUAACAAAGAGAUGAUAGCUUUUGGGACGAUGAACAUGGUUGGAUCAUUAACCUCAUGUUACCUAACAACCGGACCAUUCUCACGGUCGGCGGUCAACUACAACGCCGGUUGCAAGACGGCGAUGUCCAACGUGAUCAUGUCGGUCGCGGUGAUGAUCACCUUGUUGUUCUUGACGCCGCUGUUUCACUACACUCCCUUGGUGGUCCUCUCUUCCAUCAUCAUCUCCGCCAUGCUAGGGCUUAUCGAUUACGAGUCGGCGAUCCACCUGUGGCACGUCGACAAGGUUGACUUCUGCGUUUGCGUAGGCGCAUAUUUGGGAGUUGUCUUCGGCAGCGUUGAAAUUGGAUUAGUCAUCGCGGUUUCAAUCUCCGUGAUGAGGGUUUUGCUCUUCGUUGCGAGGCCAAGGACUACUGUGCUCGGUAGCAUCCCCAACUCGAUGGCAUAUCGAAGAGUCGAUCAGUAUCCUGCGGCACAAAGUGUUCCUGGAGUCCUCAUCCUUGGCAUCGAUGCUCCAAUAUACUUUGCCAAUGCAAGCUACUUGAGAGAAAGGAUUUCGAGGUGGAUUGAUGAGGAGACAGAGAGAACCAACGGGGAGACUAGUUUACAGUACUUGAUCCUGGACUUGGGUGCUGUUGGCAGCAUCGACACCAGUGGAAUCAGCAUGCUGGAAGAGGUGAAGAAGAUUGUUGAUAGAAGUGGCAUUAAGCUUGUGUUAGCAAAUCCAGGAAGUGAGGUAAUGAAGAAGCUGGACUCGUCGAAGGUCCUUGAAGCCAUUGGCCAAGAAUGGAUCUUCCUAACUGUUGCUGACGCCGUCGCGGCCUGCGACUUCAUGCUGCACACUUGCAAGUCUAGUGGCGCUUCAUGCGAGAAUGUUGUUUAGAUUUGAUUGUGCAGUAAGAAAUGUUGGAGAUUUGCGAUGAGAGAAUUUUGUGGUAAUCCUUUGGCUAGAGAUGGAAUACUGUAAGUUGUAUUAUUUAGGAUGGAAGUAUCAUGCCUUUGUUACGUUGUGGAGGGAAAUAAUCAUGGUAAAAACUCCUCGUCAUUGUCUGUUACUGUUUCAUUCAACUACAGAGCUACUGAUUUUAAUAGUAA